UGUAACCAUAAAAAACCCUUCCAUUAAUUAGCACUCUUGCAAUACUAAUGUUAUGAUUUGCGAACCUAAAAUUAACAGCCACCGGCCAAUCCAUCUUUCUUCCACCAAAAAGUCGGCUGGUCGUCUCCUCCAAUUUCCACACCACGCCUUAAUAAAGUCAAAAAAUGAAAAACAAAAAAUCAGACCAAAAAAUGGGAAUCGUUGAAGAAGCUCACAACGUAAAAGUUCUGGGUUCAGGCGAGAAGACCAUCGUACUCGGUCAUGGCUUCGGCACCGAUCAAUCUGUUUGGAAACAGCUUGUUCCUUACCUCGUUGAUGAAUAUCGUGUUGUACUUUACGAUAACAUGGGUGCUGGACCGACAAAUCCUGAUUACUUCAAUUUUGAUCGAUACUCUUCCCUUGAAGGUUAUGCCUAUGAUUUAAUUGCCAUUUUGGAGGAACUUCAAAUCAAUCGUUGCAUGUACUUAGGUCAUUCCUUAUCGGCCAUGACCGGUGUUGUUGCUUCUAUUUUUCGUCCUGAUCUCUUCUCCAAACUCAUCCUUGUUUCAGCUUCUCCAAGGUUCAUAAAUACGGAUGACUAUUACGGAGGAUUUGAGUUGGAAGACAUAGAGCAAUUAUGUCAAGCGAUGGAAUCGAACUACAAGGCAUGGGUAUCUGGAUUUGCGCCACUAGCGGUGGGAGGUGAUAUGAAUUCCGUGGCAGUACAAGAAUUCAGCAGGACAUUAUUCAACAUGAGACCAGACAUAGCACUCAGUGUUUUCCGCACUGUUUUCACGUUCGACCUAAGGCAUUAUCUGUCCCGUGUUACUGUCCCUUGCCAUAUCAUACAGAGCUCAAUGGAUGUUGCAAUGCCAGUCACUGUUUCCGAAUAUUUACACAGAAAUCUUGGCGGAAAAUCGAUUGUAGAGAUCAUCUCAACCGAAGGUCAUCUUCCGCAUUUGAGCGCACCUGAGGCUACUAUUCCCGUGUUGCUUCGACACAUUUCUCAUGACAUUACUGCUCAUGCUUCUUCUAGUUUAGGAUAAUGAGAAAACAACUUCUUCAAAAGUACUCAUUAUCAUCAAAAUAAAUAUACAUGCCUACUUCUGUUC